GCCCAUUCGCGAGAAUUUUCCCUCCUUUGCACCAGAGAAGAGCCAUCUACAUUUUUGGUUGCAAUAACAAUAACGAACCUAUCACGUUUAUUUUCUUUGCAGUGACGAGCAAACAAAAACCAUCCCCGUUAUACUGUUUCGGGCACCCAGGUGAAGCUUUGAUGACUGGUACUCCGGCAGUUAGCAGCUUAAGAGCAGCUUUCUCGUAUUGUGUACAACAAGUGCGUAGCUAUGAUUAUCAUCACUAUCUUUGCCUUCUUGAACUGCCCCCAUCUAUGCGGAAGGCAGCAUUUGCACUCCGCGCCUUGAAUGUUGAAACAUCUAGAGCUAUGGAUGUAGCUUCAGAUACCAGGAUCGGUCUUAUGCGCCUUGUAUGGUGGCAAGAGGCCAUAGACAAAAUGUACUCCAAUAAAUUGAUUGAACACCCAACAGCGCAGGCCCUUUCGUCUGUGAUAGCAGAGACCAAGCUUAGUAAGACAUGGUUGAAACGAUCUGUUGAAGCCAGGAUCAAUGACGCAAGAAGAGAGGACACUGAAAUGCCAGAAACCAUUCAAGAAUUGGAGAAAUAUGCUGAGGACACAGUAUCAACCAUGCUUUACUUGACCCUUCAAGCUGGUGGGAUCAAUUCAACUGCAGCAGACCAUGCAGCCUCACACAUUGGAAAGGCCAGCGGCAUUCUCCUUCUCCUCAAAUCACUGCCGUAUCAUGCAAGCCGCAACCGCCAUUUUUCUUACAUACCAACUGAAGUGGCAUUCAAGCAUGGUUUGAUAGUUAAACAAGGCGGUCGAGACGAGGUACGAUUGGAUCCUCGUGAGGGGCUUCGCAAUGCUGUUUUCGACAUGGCAUCGGUAGCCAAUGCUCACUUACAGAAAGCUCGGCAGUUGGCCAAGAGUGUCCCUGCUGAGGCAGUUCCAGUGCUCCUGCCAGCAGUGCCUGCUGAGGUUAUCUUAAAUACCCUAAGUAAGUUCCAAUUUGAUGUGUUUGAUUCAAGGCUAGCAAAAGGAGUUCUGGGAAUACCCCCUUUGUGGUACCAACUCAAACUGAAGUGGGUUUCAUGGAGAGGAAAGUACUGAGAAGUUAUGUUAUGUAUCCUAUCUCAAAUGUUAGAAAUUUUUCAUAAAAUUUCCCCCUGAUUAGAAGAGAUAGCUUCUAUAUUUUGUGUCUUAAUAAAAGAUACGUUUCUUGUGUUCAAAGACAAUAACUAAGGUGAUAUUAACUUAUCAAGUAUCUCUGGAGAUUAUUUGAUUUCAAAUUUCAAUCUCAAGCAUUAGUUUGUACUU